GAAAUCGCUGAAUGCUACAUUGCGGCAGAAAAAUGUGGUGAAAGUGGUACAAAACAUGAUUUGAAUACCUAUUGCGUUAAUAUGAGCGGAAACAGAAUUUCAUUCUUAUUUUGCGAAUCGAACAUCGCAGUCCUCAGAGGCAAACUGUAUAAUUUACAUAUAUUGAGGACCCUAUCAGGCCUCAUAUUACAACAGGGAUAAAAGACACUGUCAGUUUAUCUCGGUAUCCACCCUUCUAUCUGCAAAAUAACCUAUUGUACCUCAGGCAUAUUGUUAUUUGAUGUGUCACAUGUGCUGUAUCUUGAAUUGUCUGAAGAUCCUUAAUCAUAUGGUCAGUAGCCCCAGGAGGAACGAACAGUUAUAAUAUAUGUUACUUUCAGAGCGGAGGGGGGCUUAAAGAGGGGCUGCUCAUUAGGCGACAUCAAAGCAAAUAUUACACUGCAAAAAAAUAAGUUAUUUGAGAAUUUAAUAAUUAAGGUAUUCAUUGUAAAAAUAAAUAAACCCAAAAGCUCUAAUUUGUGCAUUUAAAAGAAUCCGUUGAGGCCUAUUUUCACUUAUUUCGAAGGCUGUUCCACCUGUUUCAGGAGUUUCCUUGACAUAAAACAGAUCACUUCUCCAGUAUAAAUAAGACAACCUUUUAAAAAAUCUUUAAAGGUAUACUUAAUACGACUGGGGUUAUCCCACACCCAUUUGUAAAUGUUUAUAAAUUUGGUUAAAACAAUAUUUAAUCCUACUAAACGAUGAUAAUAGAUGGCUUGUGAAGAUUGAUAUUUUGUUUCCUGUGUGGCAAGCUUGUAAAUAAUUUAUUGGUAUUUGGGUUGAAAAUCAACUUCGACUUUAAUACUCUUUUAAAUGGGUGUUUGUGUGAUGCUUUUCUAUAAGUAAUUAAAAGCCUGAGGAGAGGAGGAGUUAAAAGCUGAGAAAAAAAGAGGCCCAUAUAGACUGCUGGCACAUCAGGCUAAAUCAAAGUGCGCACUAUAUGUUGCGCGUCGUGCGUAAUUUGAGGGUUUGGGUAAAAAACAAAAAUCGACUCGGCAAUUCCAAAAGAGCUGGUUUUGCGUGUGGAGCUUGUCUGUAGGAAUUAUGCGUCUUUCCCCACCAUAUAUUAUUUCCCCCAUAGUUGUGGUGGGAGCUGGUAAGGUGGGUUAACUCCAGCUCAAGUCUCCGUGUAGCGCAGAGCACUGAUGACGUUGGGUUGGAUGACCAAUCGGGAGGCGCUGCCCUUUGGAGACAAACCAUUUUACUUGUAGUGUCUGCAUCAAGUCUGGAAGCAAGGGCUCAAUUUUAACAGAAUCCACCUAAAAAUCUCUCCCUUAACUUAUGCCUACCUUCCGCCACUUUGAGUGAGAACAUCACAGGACAAGGGGGGGAAUAAAGACGCCUCUGGAAAAUUCGGGUCUUAAUAGGACAAUAUCUGUUCGCGGUGGAGAGGGGAGAGAGACAACAGCACAGCGAGAGAGAGAAAACCGAUUUGGUCUUGAGAGAGAGGGGGGUGAGUGCUCUCAAGGCAGAAAAUUCGAUGAUGACCAUGACUACGAUGGCUGACGGUCUGGAGGCUCAGGACUCGUCCAAGUCUGCUUUCAUGGAGUUUGGGCAGCAGUCGCACUCACAGCAGAGCUCCCCGUCGAUGGCCGGCGGCCACUACCCGCUGCACUGUCUCCACUCCGGCUCACACGCUCACCACCAGCACGACAACACCGCGUACACCGGGACCAACACCUACAACAGGUCGUUACCCUACCCCUACGUGAGCCAUCCGCACCACAGCCCGUACCUGCCAUCCUAUCACAACAACACGGGAGGACAGACAAGGUUAGACGGCACAGAGCAGCAGAAGACGACAGUGAUUGAAAACGGGGAAAUUCGUUUUAAUGGGAAAGGCAAGAAGAUUCGCAAACCUCGGACAAUUUACUCCAGUUUGCAGCUCCAAGCACUGAACCACCGUUUCCAGCAAACACAGUACCUCGCUUUACCGGAGCGCGCCGAGCUGGCUGCCUCUCUAGGACUGACACAAACCCAGGUAAAGAUUUGGUUCCAGAACAAGAGGUCAAAGUUCAAGAAGCUGCUGAAGCAAGGCGGCAACCCGCACGAGAGCGACCCUAUACCGGGCUCCAUGUCCCUCUCCCCGCGCUCCCCGACCAUCCCUCCAAUAUGGGACGUCUCGGCCUCUUCCAAAGGAGUAAACAUGCCGGCCAACAGCUACAUGCCCGGCUACUCUCACUGGUAUUCCUCCCCACAUCAAGAUUCAAUGCAGAGAUAGACUGACUCAGGCAAGGAAGGGUCAUGCGAGCUUGUCUGGAGGCCUCCGGAUCUCCGCCAUGCAGUUUCCAACGUAGCCUACAAUUUGUGUCAGCGCAGAGACUGGAUGCUGGAGAGGAGGAGGAAAAAAACAUACCCCUCCGCUGCUCCUCUGCUGAAGGAUAAAACGGGCAAGCCAAGCCUCGGUGUGAUGACACAAACAAGGGAACUAACCUUUUUUUUCUUUUUUUUUUUUUUAGCGUACAUGGCUGUUCAGUGGGCUCGCAUAUUUGUUAUGCUUUCAUUCAUGUCAACAUCUGAACGUCAAUAUACCAAAUAUUAUCAGUGACAUUUCGGCCACUUUGGGGCAAAGACUGCUUACACUCUUCAUGCGCUGUGGCGCCCAGAACCUUUAGCCAUGGUGGACUCCUGACUGCUAUUUUUUAUUUUUAUUUUUUUUGGGUUGUUUCUCCAACAUGCAAAACCAAGCAAAUUGUCUGUCUGUAAAUAUAAUCUGCGAUUUUAGUUUGUACAUACACUUUUUAUGUUUUGUCAGAUUGAGUAAACCGUGACUCAAAAAGA